UUUAUAGAGAACCACAGAAAGCGCAAGUCCUCCUCUUCCAGUGAUACUUCUGUGAAAAAUGCAAAAAUCACAGCCUUCUCUGCCCCAGGGCGGGUAACACAAGCAACCCUUGACAAGAUGGUGCUAAAUUUUGUAUGUGAGGCCAACCAACCAUUUCCUGUGGUUGAGACGCCAUCCUUCAAGACUUUGAUAGAAACCUUGCAACCUCAUACAGUAAUGACAAGGAAAACGUUAUGCACAAGAAUACAAGAAGCUGCAAAACACAAGAAGAGCAUACUCAUUAAAAACUGAGUGCUGUGAACUAUGUUGCUACCACAACAGACUGCUGAUCUGCCAGACAACGUAGCUACUUAGGUGUCACCUGUCACUGGAUAGACAACACCUCACUGGAGAGAAACUCCGCUGCAUUAGCUUGUAUAAGGCUCAAAGGCUCGCACACGUUUGAUGUCCUUGCUGCUGCAUUAGAGGAAAUACAUUCUGAGUACCACAUCAGGGAAAAAGUGACCAGGAUGACAACAGACAGCGGCUCAAAUUUCCUGAAGGCCUUUCGAUUAUAUGGUGAGGAGAUAGAGGAGGAAGCCACCAAUGAACAAGAGGAAAGUGACUCCACCCUUGAUGAUGCAACAGAAGAUCAGAGUGAGUCAGAGGUGGAGUAUUAAGAUGUGUCUGCUAUUCUGGAUGACAACACAGGCCUUGAAUACCAACUUCCAAGGCACCAAAAGUGUGCAUGCCAUCUCCUCAAUCCUAUAUCCACAGUUGAUGCCACUGCUGCAGGAGGAGCUGCAAACAAAACCUAAAAGAGGCUGUCUCGGUCUGCUUUUGCAAAAUGUCAUGCUCUGGAAUAAAACCAGCAGGUCAACCAUGGCUCAUGAAAGAGUGGAACGUGAAUGCAAGCUGCAGUUUCUCCGACCCAAUCAGACACGCUGGAGCUCCCUGUUCCUCACUGUAGAAAGGAUUGUGCGCAUUCACCGAGAGCAAGGAGAACAAGCAAUUCGCAAUGUCUGCACAGCAUUAAAGAUAAAGAUGUUCAAUCCAGCUGAAAUGGGGUUUUUGGUCGAGUAUGCUGCUGUGAUGAAGCCUGUUGCCAUGGCCCUUAAUAUCCUCCAAGGGGAAUCAUCUGUGCAUAUGGGCCUCCUGCUGCCAACACUUUACCAGUUGCGGGACAAGCUGAAGAGGUUGAAGUCAUCUUGUAAAAUGUGUACAUCUCUUGUUCACACCCUGCAGCAAGGGAUCCAGAAACGUUUUGGAGACGUCAUGAAAGAGCCUGAGCUGAUUGCAGCAGCAAUACUCCUACCAAGAUUCAGAACAUCCUGGACCACAGAGGAGAACAUCUUAAAUGCUGGCCUUGACUACAUCAGAAAUCACCUCGACACCGACUUGGAUGAUAUCACCAGCACAAACAGCAGCCUCUCUGAUGAAGAUGACUUCUUUGCAUCCAUGGAGUUGGGAAAAUCACAAGUAGGAGAGCUGGAGAGGUACCUUUCAUGUCUGUCCCCUGCAGGUAUGGAUCUCCUCCACUCCUUUCCUCACAUCAAGAAGCUGUCACUCAAAGUCAACACAGGUCUUCCUGCAUCUGCAGCCUGUGAGAGACCUUGAGAGCCAACUACUGUUGAAGCUUAAUAGUGACAUCACUGAGUAAUUCUUUUGUGAAGUUGUUUGUUUCUGCAUGUUUUGUCACACACACACACACACACACACACACACACACACUCUCUCACACACACACACACACACAC